CACUCACUCACUCACUCAAUACACAAGAGUGGUAUCUAGCUAGCUAGCCGCACACACACCACCAGGCACAGAGAGCACAGUGCAGAGGCGGAGCAAUCAGCUAUGAGCAAGGAGAAGCACCACAAGCACGAGCACCACCUCCGGCGCUGCUGCGGCGGCUUCGCGGCAUGCCUCCUGGCCCUGGUCCUCAUCGUCGCCUUCAUCGCGCUCGUCGUCUACCUCGCGCUCCGCCCCACCAAGCCUUCCUUCUUCCUGCAGGACCUGCAGCUCCGCUCCGUCCACCUCGGGGACCCCUCACUCUCCGCUACUGCGCAGGUCACGCUCGCCUCCCGCAACCCCAAUGACCACGUCGGCAUCUUCUACCGGCGCCUCGACGUCUUCGUCACCUACCGCGACGAGCCCGUCACGGUGCCGAUCUCCCUGCCGCCCAUGUACCAGGGACAUCGGGAUGUCACCAUCUGGUCCCCGGUGCUGUCCGGGGAGUCCGUGCCCGUGGCCGCGUACGUCGCCGACGCCAUGAAGCAGGACAUCGCCGCCGGGUACGUCGCGCUGCAGGUCAAGGUCGACGGCCGCGUCAAGUGGAAGGUCGGGAGCUGGGUCUCCGGCAGCUACCACCUCUUCGUCAGCUGUCCCGCCAUGCUCGCUGCCGGACCCGGCGGCGUGCCGCUCGGGGGAGGCCCCAACGGCACCGGUGGCGCCGUCGCGUCACUGAAAUUCACGCAGCCGACGGGGUGCACCGUCGGCACGUGAUAGAAUGCAUGUACGUAGCGGGCCUGCCGUUCAGUUCGUAACUUAUCGCCAAACAAUUUCAGUUCCUUCUUGUACUAGCAAAUUGUCUAAAGCUGCUAGCUUUUGUUUAUGUCCAUGUAACGAGAGAAUAAAAUGUUUUGAUGCAUAUGUAUUACUUCAGUUUUGGAAUUAAUUGUUGCAGAAUACUCCCCAAAA